CUGACCGUGUAUCUUGAGUGGUUGUGUUUUCGCUAUCGAGCAAAAUGUCUCAGGUGUAUGAAAACCUCUUUCGUGACGCUCUGAAAGAUUUCAGUUUCGGAGGAUGGCCUGAUUUCAGGCUAUUGUAAUUCGUUGGAGGAGGUAAAACAAAGCAUUUCUUCAAGCAAAUGCAGGGACAUGUCCCCAUCCCCUUUUUUGGUUGUGCAUUUGCAGUGGAGAGUGUGUGGUCGAGGCACUGUGUUUUGGGGCCAAAAUACUAUAAAAGUAAAGAGUCUAGUGUACCUGAGCACUUGGAAGACCAUGUGACUCCUCGUAAGAGAUUGAGGAUCAUGGAUACUAGAAAAUCCAACUGCCCAGCAACUUUAAAUAUGAAGUGUAUAAGGGUGUAUCCUGAUUACAGUAUGCACUCAGCAACUGAACACAGGGAUACCAAGGCAAAAGUUCUUGCAAGUCUACAGAAAGAUUUGGCAUUGCCAUGCCCGCCUAAGAGCUAUCUACGUUAUUAUUUGACUGCUUCCCCAGCAAGUGCACACACACAUGCUACUGAAAGUGUUGAAGCAAGUGGGUACAUACAUCCUUCACUUGUAAAGGAAAUCAAAAACUUAGUACUCAGUGGCAUGACAUCUCUCAAAGUCAUUAAGUUGGCUCUAGACAGAUUUGUUGAAAUCAAUUUCACUGGGACACACAUACCAGGUCAAAUGAAUACUACCUUUUACCCCACAGAGAAAACUAUUUACAGUCACAUUUAUCGGACCCUUUAUGGUACAAAUAAAGUAUUGUUUGACGAGACUAGACUGCAGAAUCAGGUUGAUGAGUGGCACAAAGACUCGAGCAAUCACAUGAUUUAUUAUAGACAUUGUACGGGAGCCAAUGGAGAAGUGAAACCAUUACUUUUUUGCUAUCAGAGCAGUUGGCAGAGAGAUCUUUUGAAGAAGUAUGGUGGUAGUUCUUUGUUAGAUGCAACAUACAAAACAACAACAUAUGAUAUUCCUUUAUUUUUUAUAGCUGUGAAGAGUAAUAUUGAAAAUGCAAGAUCCAUUCAUGAAGCACUAGACAUUUUCAAGGACUGGAACAAGGAUUGGAAUCCCCCUCUAUUGGGUUACGGAUUUCUCGGAGUCAGAGAUAAAUGCAAUUGA